CUCCAGUGCGCUCCUUGUGCGUGCCAGCCUCCCACUUCCACUGAACUGGAUGCAGGAAUAACUUCGCUUCGCCCAAGGUUUUUUUUUUUUCGUGGACUUUGCUAGAUUUGAACGAGACUUUUAGACUUUGCACAAGGGCCAUAAGAGGAUAGAUAUUUUCCCUUUCGCUGCUUUCGACGGAAAUUGUGCAUCGGGCAAAAUGCGUCUGAUCCAGAACAUGUCAACCAUCGCGGAGUACCCGACACCCGAGUUCCCGCAGCCCAACCGGGUUAUUAAAAUAGCUGUGAUUGGAGGCAGCGGAGUUGGGAAAACAGCGCUGGUGGUGAGAUUCCUAACGAGGCGUUUCAUCGGGGACUACGAGAGAAACGCUGGUAAUCUGUAUUCAAGAGAAAUCCAAGUGGAUGGAGAGCAAGUGACCAUCCAGGUCCAAGACACCCCUGGCGCAGAGGUGACUGAUAAUGGCAUCAGCUUCCCUGACCACAUAACCUGCUCCAUCCAGUGGGCUGAUGCCGUGGUGCUGGUCUACUCUGUGACAGACCGCCGCAGCUUCGACCUGAUCGACCAGCUGCACCAGCUGGUUGUUCGUACCGGCGGUGCCAACAUGCCCCCUGUCAUUCUGCUGGCCAACAAGGCGGACCUGCUGCACCUGAGGCGGGUGGACUCCCAGCAGGGCCCCUUGCUGGCAGGAACACUGGGCUGCUCGUUCUAUGAGGUGUCCGCCAGCGAGGACUACAACCAGGUACAUGGGGCGUUCCACCGGCUGUGCUGCCAGCUCGCCAAGCAGCCGCCACCCGCCUCUAUCGCCUCACACAGCCCUGCCAGCACCGCCUCAGAGAAGAGGCGCUCGCCCCUCAUCCCCAGGCCGAAAUCUCCCAACAUGCAAGACCUGAAGAGGCGAUUCAAGCAAGCCCUUUCAGCCAAGGUCAGGACUGUCACCUCCGUGUGAGCAGGACAGCUGACGAGAAAGUGGUCCAGAGUGGCCGCAGAACAAAGGAAAGCAUUGGAGGAGGUAAAGAAAAGAGAACAGUGGAGAUUCAUGCUUCUCCGUUGAAAUCUCCUGCCACUGUUGCUGGAGGAGGCAGGUGUAUGAUUGGGGCAGAUGAACCUUGACAGAAGUAAUCUGUCGGUGGGUUUCCAUCUGUCCUGACUGAAAAACUGACAGAGGAGCAGCAGUGGUGAGGAGCUCAUCAUCUUGAGAGUGGACAGACACCUGAGGACAAGAGGCAGCUGUCUGAGGUCAAAUGAAGCUCAGACGCAUUGCAGAUAAACUGAGAAACUAUAAUAAAACCUCCUGGCAACAGCAGCUCUGAAGGACACGACUUACUUUUUUGCCUGUUGCCUUAAGUUUCAGUGUUUUGUUUAGACUGCCGCUACAUGGCAGAACUAAAUGCUUGUGUUGUCUGACUUACCAGCCACUUGAGCCAAGGCUCUGUGCAGCAGUAUGCGUGUUUAGUCUCUCAUCUGUCAAUUUCUGUGGUGCAUUCCUUGUACAGCAUCCAAAACCAUCAUUGUGCGUGACAGAGUGAUGAAUUGAGGGGGAGGCUCCUAGCGGGGCAGCAGACACAGUAUGUAGCGUUUGGCAGGUUAUUACUGAUGCACUUUAAAGGGAAUAGUCCAGAGGGCCCAUUUUUAUUUAUUUGUUGUGAAU